AUGCAGCAUGUGUCAGGAUUUGGAUAUCCCACUCCCCCCGCGUCGCCGGUGUACGACAACACGAAGUGCGCGAUCCAACAACCCCUAACCACCGCACCUCACUGUCAAGCGCGAUACAUCCCAUUAACACCCGAGGAGAGGCUAGGAAGAUUCCUUGAGGGCAAGUUGCAGUUGACCACCAUCUUGGGUACUGGCGCAUAUGGCGUCGUUUACACUGCCGUGGAUGUGAAGACUGGAGUUCGAUAUGCCGUCAAGUGCCUCAGCAAGUUCAAUCCAGAUGGAACUCCCUUGGACCGCCGACAGGUUGCCUUCCAAAACCGCGAGAUCCGUCUACACUAUUUGGCAUCGGCCCAUCCUAACGUGGUGUCGAUGUUGAAGAUCGUUGACGACCCGGACUGCAUCUAUGUUAUCUUGGAGUAUUGCCCGGAGGGUGACUUGUUCUAUAACAUCACCGAAUGUGGUCAGUAUGUCGGGAACGAUGACCUCACCAAGAGAGUCUUCCUCCAGAUCCUGGAUGCUGUUGAGCACUGCCACUCUCUCGGAAUCUACCAUAGGGACUUGAAGCCGGAGAAUAUUCUCGUGUCGGACCACGGUGAGACUGUCAAGCUUGCCGACUUUGGCCUCGCGACUUCAUCCGACCGGUCUGAGGACUAUGGAUGUGGCUCGACCUUUUACAUGAGUCCAGAAUGCCUGGACCACUCUGCCCGGAGACCUUUCUACUUCUGCGCCCCCAAUGAUGUCUGGAGCCUUGGAGUUAUUCUGGUCAACCUGACCUGUGGACGCAACCCGUGGAAACAAGCCUCUUUCGAGGACUCUACUUACCGUGCCUAUACCCGGUCCCCGGAAACCCUGAAGAGCAUUCUCCCAGUGUCGGAUGAACUGAACGACAUCCUGGGCAGGAUUUUCACCCGCAACCCGGACCAGAGGAUUACACUGUCGGAGCUUAGGAACAGUAUCCAGAACUGUUCGAGGUUCACGAUCCCCGCCGUACCCACCGCGGCGGUUCAAACACCACCGGCUUCGCCAGAGCCUAUUACCGAAUACGUUACAUGCGAGGACACCAUCGUCGACGACUACGAUCAAGCUCUCUCGCCGGCAUCGUCUUCCUCAGACGAGGGUUCCGAAUGUUCGUCGGAUGACGGUUCGCUCACCUCGAGCGGCUCGACUAUUGACGAUCUUGAUGAGGAGUUCCUCCAGGAACAACAACAGGAGACGUGCCAUACCCAGGCAUUUGAGCCAGAGGAUCCCAGGACAGUAUGUUAUCCUACCCAGGAGUACAUGGCCCAGCAGUACACCGGUCCCGUGCCCACACCCGUGGCAGCACAGGCACCUAUCCGUGCCCAGAUUCCGGCUCCCAUGCCUCAGGUACCGGUGCAAGCGUUCAGCUGCCCGCCCAAGUCCUUCGCCCCGUUCUGGUGGGGAGAUGUGAUCAAGUAUGCCCAGCAGGCUCCCGCCAUCCAUCCACAUGUUCCUUUCCAUCACCAGGUUCCUAUCUUGGGCUGCUACUAG